AUGGACGACAUCGAUGCAGACGAAGUGCCCGCAGAGGACAGUGAUGUCCUCACUCCCGACCGCUCCAUCGAACAACCAACGCGACACCGCUUGAAAUUGAUCGCCCAAGUGAGUGAAUACUGGCUCCUCUCCAAACUAGCUACCGUCUCGGACGAACAGAUGCUCGAGCUGACAGUGGACAAACCUCUGAACCCACGACACAUUCACGCCUUCUCGCCCACUCCCAAAAUCUGGCGAAUCAUCCUGCUGGGUUCUGGCACCCUGCUCACCCUACUCACGCAUCAAAUGCUCGCUAUCCACGCGGACCUCAUGUUGGCGGACAAGCUUGUCCCGCAGGGCGUGCUAGCUCUCAUACUCAGCAAGACAGAACUCAUCAUCGUGAAGAAGUUCCCCGGAAAUGGAGAUAAAAGUCAGGAAGAGAUGAUGCAUCUCGCUGUGGAAGGCGCGUGGAAGGGAUUCGCUUACAACAAGCCUAUCUCUCUAUAUACGACCACUCCUCUGAAGAGUUGUAUCCCGCUCACGCACCGUGGUGUAGCCAAGAGCGUGGUUGUUUGCACUGUUGUGGAGAGGGAGGUACAGAUGCCGGAGUACGAAAGGAUUAUUUUGAUGGGUGUUGCGAGGUUGCAGGGGUUGUUGUUGAUGCGCUUUCGGGUGUUUCUUCGUGACUGGGCUAUGUCCAAGACAUCUACGUCUUCUUCUACCACCAGCACCCCAGCACCCCUACACCCCAACUCGCUAUCCCAAUUGCCAUCAUCGAACAUGCGUGAAUGCCCCGAUCAACGCGUCACAACCGCUUGGUCAACUACUCUACAAGCCAAUCACCCAUAA